AUGGAUGAGCUGAGGAAGCUGUGGUGCGGGAUUGGGAGCUUGCGCUGGAGCGUUGACCGGAACAGGAGCUGGACCGAGAGCGGGAACUGGCACAGGAACCUCCAUUGGGCAGUUCAUCACAGUUCAUCAAUUGUCCAUUCCUUGAAGUACUUCCUCACUGCUUCCCAUGAAGUAUCCAACUUCCCUGAGUUUGUAACUGUUGGUAUGGUGGAUGGGGUUCAGAUUUAUCAAUAUGACAGUAUCAGUAAGCGAGGAGUGGGACUGGGCUGGAUUAGUGAAGACCAUCAGUACUGGGAAAGAGAGACUGCAACAUCCCAGGGGACAGAACAGUCCUUCAAAAACAAUAUUGGUGUAGCGAUGAGUCGAUUUAACCAAACUGGUGGUGUUCACACGGUUCAGCUCAUGUAUGGCUGUACAUUGAAUGAGAAGGAUCCCCCUCAAGGAUACUUUCAAUAUGCGUAUGAUGGAAUGGAUUUCCUGAGUCUUGAUAAGAAAACCCUCACCUGGACUGCUGCAAACUCUAAAGCCGUUCCCACCAAGACCAAAUGGGAUGCCACUGGAGCUGAUGCUAGAUUUCAGACAAACUACCUAGACAACACAUGCAUUGAAUGGUUGAAAAAGUAUUUGAUGUAUGGGAAAGAGACUCUAGGAAGAAAAGAUACUCCUGAGGUCUCUCUGGUCCAGAAGGACUCAUCUUCAUCUGCUGUGGUGUGCCAUGCUACUGGCUUCUACCCUGACGGAGUGAUGAUCACCUGGAAGAGAGAUGGAGAGGAGAUGCAGGAUGAUGUGGCUGUGGGGGAGACACUACCCAAUGAGGAUGGAACCUUCCAGAAGAGAUCUGUGCUUACCGUGUCGCCUGAAGAGAGGAAAAAGAGCAAGUACACCUGUGAGGUGGCUCACGAGAGUGGAGAGCUCAUUGUCAAGACCCUGAUUGUGGAAGAGGGACAUACUCUUGGCAUCAUUAUUGUCUGUGUCAUUGGUGCUCUUGUGGUGAUUGGUGCGAUUGUUGGGUUUGCCAUGAUGAAGAAGAAAGACUACAAGAAGGCAGAGCAGUCUGAUACCGAUUCAGAUAACUCCAACCCCAUUGCACGGAAAUGAGCGGAGUGUGGUGACUGUUGAACAUAAACAGUGAGGAAUGGAAUAUAGAACAUUGCACAAAUCAACAAAUUGAUUUAUAUUCAUGUGCAUGUUAAAAUGUUGGAUUUAUCCAUGGUAUAAUGUUCAGAUUUCAGUUCUAUUUACUUUUUUGUAUUCACCAAUCAACUCAUCCUUUUCAAAUC